AUGGGUCAUCUCAAGAGCUACAAGUACCAGAGUGUGGAUAAGUCGUUCAUUUCCAACUAUAUCCUCAAGCACUAUUGGAACGGCGCGGUCAAACUUUUGCCAAAAUGGCUCGCCCCGAACAUGGUCACAUUGCUGGGCUUUUUCUGCAUCCUGAUCAAUGUGCUGUUCUUGCAAAUCUUCAUGCCAGACUUGGUCGGACCGGGGCCUUCAUGGCUGUACUAUAGCUUCGCAUUGGGACUGUGGAUGUAUUCGACCAUGGACAACAUCGACGGCAAACAGGCCCGACGAACAGGCACAUCAAGCGGCCUCGGUGAACUAUUCGACCACGGCAUCGACUCAUUGAACUGCACGCUUGCAUCUCUCUGCGAGACGGCGGCAAUGGGCCUGGGCCCCAGCAAGACCGGGGCAUUUACAGCUCUCGUGCCCUGUCUGCCCAUGUUCUUCUCGACCUGGGAGACGUACCACACGCACACUUUGUACCUAGGCGCAUUCAACGGGCCAACCGAAGGACUAAUAAUCGCCUGUCUAGUCAUGGUAAUUUCAGGCUACUUGGGCCCCCAGAUCUGGCAGUACCAUGUGGCCGACUACCUAGGGUACCCGGAGAUUUUCGGGGCCUUGACGUUCCGCGAUCUCUGGGUGCCGAUUAUCCUGUUUGCUUUUGUGACGGCACACUUGCCGUCGUGCAUCUGGAACGUCGCCCAGGCGCGCCGCAAAAACAAUUUGCCGCUAUGGCCUGUGUUUCUGGAAUGGACACCCAUGCUUGUGUUUACGGCCUCAUGUGCCGCCUGGAUCGGCUCACCAUAUUCGGUCCUGUUGCGCGAGAACCAUCUCGUCAUCUUCUGUCUAACCUUGUCGUUUGUGUUUGGCCGUCUGACGACCAAAAUCAUCCUGCAUCACCUUACUCGUCGGCCGUUUCCUUACUUUACUGUCCAGCUGGUGCCUCUGGCCAUUGGGGCUAUCAUGGCUUGGUUGCCCUUGUUUGGCUUCGACCCGCUCCCUCCUACGUUGGAGAGAUGGUACAUCUAUGGAUAUUUUGUCUUUGCUAUGACGCAUUACUUUGUCUGGGCUGUCCGGGUCAUCAAUCGCAUCUGUGAGGUGUUGGACAUUAAUUGUCUGACUAUCAAGAAGAAAAAGGUGGACCGCAAGGAAGCUGCUGGGUUUGUGAAAGAACAGAAGUCGACGGCAAACUCAAAUGGACAUCUUGACGUGCGCAAGACCAAGAAGGAGCUUUAG